AUGGAGCGAAUGGUAAACCGGCGGCUGACCCACUACCUCGAGUCUACAGGUAAACUAGAUGACCGACAACACGCCUUCAGACCCGGACGCGGUACAGGAACGUACCUUGCCUCCCUGGGGGAGAUCCUCGAUGAAGCCAAGUCCCAAGGUAAGCACGCCGAGCUGGUGUCCCUGGAUAUAUCGCGCGCCUACAACCGCGCGUGGACCCCCGGUGUUUUGAAGAAGCUGGCACUCUGGGGUGUCUCCGGCAACCUCCUCCACUUCGUUAAGAAUUUUUUGUCCAGUUUAGUCCAAGCAAGCGACGAGAACAGACGUGUUUCUCUCCCCGUCGUGCGUUUUUUCCAAGCGUUUUCUUUCCGUGAUUCGGCUGACAGUCAGCCAAAAGUACCCGUUCCGCGUGUGAAGUGGUGA